AAGCGGAGGCUUUCCACUUUCAACUUUCAAGUCUCUCAACGGGAACUCUCUUGUUUUUAAUGAGGGACGCCAUAGCCAUCUUAGCUUCCUGCUCUGUUACUCUCCCUGCGACUCAUGCUCCGGCUCCUCCCUCCCACCACCGCCGCCGCCGAUGCCGCCCGUCUCCUCGCACUAACCAAUCGCUUAAUUCCACUGCUCCUUCACUUCACUCCACGGUACGAUGGGAUUAUGCUUCCACUUCCCGCAAUCGCAAUCGCAAACGCCUCGAAUAUUACACCGACCUAACCUCCAACCUCGCCCGAGAUGGAAGAUUCCGAGACUUGUUCAUGAUUGCCGAAAGCUUCGUAGUUUCAGGCGGGAAGCCUUCUCAAUUUGUGGCCUUGCUCGAUGUCAAUAUUGUUUCUGCUGGGAUUUCUAGAAUGAUUAAGGAUGGAAGGCUCGGGAGCUUGAUUGAGGUGUUAGGUGGUCUGAGGAAGCUAGGAUUCGCUGUGGUUGAGCUCUUUGACGGACUCGCAGUUGAGGCACUUCGGCAGGUGUGUCGUCGUCAGCUAGGGAAACGUGAUGACGUGGAGGAGAUUGUGAGCUUGUUGGAAACACUUCAAGGGCUUGGUUUUUCUACUAAAGAAUUCGUUGCGCCCUCCGAAAUCAUAAGGCUUUGCGUUUACAGAAGAACCCCAAGUGCUGCUAUAAGGUAUGCACAAAUUUUUCCGCAGGUACAUACGCUUUUGUGUACCAUAAUGAUUGAAUUUGGGAAGAAAAGGGACUUGUUAUCUGCACUCAGUGUUUUUGAAGUCUCCAAGCAGAAUCAAGGCUGUCCCAACAUGUAUGCCUACCGAACAAUCAUUGAUGUUUGUGGACUCUGUGGGGAUUAUUUGAAGUCUAGAUCUAUUUAUGAGGAGCUACUUGACUGUAAGUUCAUCCCAAAUAUUUAUGUUUUCAACAGUCUCAUGAACGUUAAUGCCAGUGAUUUCAGCUACAUGUUACAUAUCUAUAAGCAGAUGCAAAAAGUAGGUGUGACAGCUGAUCUGGCAUCAUAUAAUAUCCUUUUGAAGUCUUGCUGUCUUGCUGCAAGAGCUCAUCUGGCCCUAGACAUUUACAGAGAUGUUCAACAUUUGGAAUCAAAAGGGGCUCUAAAAUUGGAUGUGUUUACUUACUGUACAAUGAUCAAGGUCCUUGCAGAUGCUAGAAUGUGGAGAAUGGCACUGGAAAUAAAAGAACAUAUGCUGCUAGCUGGUGUUAUUCCCAACACUGUAACGUGGUCAUCAUUGAUCAGUGCAUGUGCCAAUGCAGGUCUUGCAGAGCAAGCAAUUCAAUUGUUUGAAGAGAUGCUUCAGGCUGGUUGUGAGCCUAAUUCACAGUGUUGCAAUGCUCUUCUUCAUGCUUGUGUUGAAGCUCACCAAUAUGAUAGAGCCUUUCGACUCUUCAAGUCCUGGAAGGAAAACGGUAUUAAGAUGUCUGUAAGAAAAGAUUUUCAUUGGAUGAACAAAAUAAAUGAUUAUGCUUGCAGCAAGCAUGAAAAUUCCAGUACAAUAACAUGUAGAACCUCUGACUCAGAGCAUCCAUCCUUUCCGAUAAGGUUUUCAUUUGCACCCACAACUUCAACAUAUAAUAUUUUGAUGAAGGCCUGUGGCACUGAUUACUACCAUGCCAAAGCAUUGAUGGAUGAGAUGAAGAUGGAAGGUCUUUCUCCGAAUAACAUAACAUGGUCCAUUUUGAUUGAUAUUUGUGGAGGCUCAGGAAAUGUACAUGGUGCUUUGCAGAUCUUAAGGUCCAUGCACCAGGCUGGUACUCAACCUGAUGUUGUCACAUAUACAACAGCUAUUAAGAUUUGCGUGGAACACAAAAAUAUCAAAGUUGCAUUUUCAUUACUUGCAGAAAUGAAAAGAUAUCAAAUAAAACCUAAUCUGGUGACAUAUAAUACUCUUCUCAGGGCUAGGAGCCAGUAUGGUUCCCUGCAGGAGGUACAACAAUGCCUAGCAAUAUAUCAGGAUAUGCGAAAAGCAGGGUAUAAACCUAAUGAUUUCUAUCUGAAACUGCUAAUUGAGGAGUGGUGUGAAGGUGUAAUACAACAAAACAAACAGAAUAAAGGCCAGAUUGCUUCCGACAGAGCUUCUUUAGGGCCUCAGAGUCUGCUUCUUGAGAAAGUUGCAGAGCACUUGCAGGACAGUAAUGCUGAAAGCCUGUCGAUUGACAUUCGGGGCCUCACUAAGAUUGAAGCUCGCAUUAUGGUUCUUGCAGUUCUACGGAUGAUCAAAGAGAAGUAUAAUCCAGGAGAUUCAGUGAGAGAUGAUCUGUUGAUUAUACUAGAAGAGGAGCCGUCGGGAUGUGGUUCCAGACACGAAACUGGGUCUACUGAAGCAAUAGCUAGCUUGUUGCAGUACGAUUUGGGGCUUGAGGUUCUAUCAGUAGGGUCAGUAGAUGGUAGAAACUUUAACGGUGGUUUUGAUAUUUCCUUUCUGUAUCCUAAUUCAAAAGUUCUACAAAGAAGAGAUCUGCCACUGAAAUUGGAAUCUCCUUCUAGAAGGCCUGUACCUUUACAGCGAUUGAAGGUAACUAAGGGAUCAUUGCAUCAUUGGUUACAAAAAGGAGAUGCUUCUACCAGCAGAUCAGACUCAUCUCCUUCUGCAGAGAAGUGAACUGAAGAACUGAUAAAGUUAUCAAGUUUGUAGCAGUUAUCAUUCUUUUAUUCUUUGUAUAGAGUUGCAGAUCAGUGUUCUAUUUCUCACAAUAAGGUUGUAGAUAAAGGUGAAGUUGCAUUUCACUCAAAUCAAAUGUAUUUGACUGAGACUGACUACAAAUGUACCAUCAGUAAAGGCAAAAUUUAGAAAUG